UUCUUGAUUCAAUAUUGAAAACAAUCAAAACACAUGUGACAAUGAUAAUACCAUGUCGUAAACAUGUAAGCUAUUUGCUUACUAGAUUUAUUGAAAAUCAUCAUCAUUCUUCAUCAACAAAAUUAAUCAAUGCGAAUAACCGAAUCAUUUGGUAUUCGAUCUGUGAUCAUUUUUCAUCAUCAUCAUCAUUCAUCAACAAAUGAUUCAAAAUCUCGUAUUACAACAAUCAAUUCGAAACGACAAAAUGAACUAUCCAAGGAAGUUAAAAUGACGGAAAAAAUAAAACAGACCACUAAAGAUGGUAUGAACAUUACGGUCGUUGUAUUGGGUGUCGGUAUAUUUGGUUUUGUCAUCUAUUCAAUAUUCAAGGAAUUUUUCUCAUCCAAAUCACCAACAUCAAUAUUUGCUUGUGCAUUGAAAAAAUGUAAAAAUGAUCCAAGAAUAACGGAAUUGCUUGGCGAACCAAUCAAAGGUCAUGGAGAGAUGACAGUUCGUCGCCGUGCUCGUCAUGUUACAUCAGUAGAAUAUGAAAAAAAUGGUCGAACAUUUAUACGUGUAAGAUUUUAUCUAAAAGGUAGCCGAAAUACUGCAACUGUUGAAUGUGAAACGUUAAAAGAUUCGCCACGAUCACAUUUUCGUUAUUUAUUUGUACAAACAGAUUCAUAUCCACCCGAAAUGAUAGUCAUUGAAGAUAAUCGAUUGUUGGAUGAUCAUCAAUUAUAAUUGAUUUUUUUAAUUUUGCAUGAAUCAAAUAAAAAAAUAUAAUAAAUUA